CGGCCCCGCCGCGCCAUGUCCGACUACAGCACGGGAGGACCCCCGCCCGGGCCGCCGCCGCCCGCCGGCGGGGCCGGGGGCGCCGGGGGCGGCCCGCCGCCAGGCCCGCCGGGCGCGGGAGACCGGGGCGGCGGCGGCGGCCCGGGCGGCGGCGGCGGCGGCGGCCCCGGCGGUGGCGGCCCCGGCGGGGGCUCGGCCGGGGGCCCCUCGCAGCAGCCCGGCGGGGGCGGCCCGGGCAUCCGCAAAGACGCCUUCGCCGACGCCGUGCAGCGGGCCCGCCAGAUUGCAGCCAAAAUUGGAGGGGACGCUGCCACGUCUGUGAACAAUAGCACUCCGGAUUUCAGUUUCGGGGGGCAGAAGAGGCAGUUAGAAGAUGGAGAUCAGCCUGAGAGCAAGAAGCUGGCGGCCCAGGGAGACCCCCUCAGCUCUCAGCUCGGACCCAUCCAUCCUCCUCCCAGGACGUCGGUGACAGAGGAAUAUCGGGUCCCAGACGGCAUGGUGGGACUGAUCAUCGGCCGGGGCGGGGAGCAGAUCAACAAGAUCCAGCAGGACUCGGGCUGCAAAGUGCAGAUUUCUCCAGACAGUGGUGGCCUUCCCGAGCGCAGCGUGUCCCUCACGGGGGCCCCCGAGUCCGUGCAGAAAGCCAAGAUGAUGCUGGAUGAUAUUGUGUCUCGGGGCCGAGGGGGCCCACCAGGGCAGUUCCAUGACAACGCCAAUGGGGGCCAGAACGGCACCGUGCAGGAGAUCAUGAUCCCCGCGGGGAAGGCCGGCCUGGUCAUCGGCAAGGGCGGGGAGACCAUCAAACAGCUGCAGGAGCGGGCCGGCGUGAAGAUGAUCCUGAUCCAGGACGGCUCUCAGAACACGAACGUGGACAAACCUCUGCGGAUCAUCGGGGACCCGUACAAAGUGCAGCAAGCCUGUGAGAUGGUGAUGGACAUUCUCCGGGAGCGCGACCAGGGCGGCUUUGGCGACCGGAACGAGUACGGGUCCCGGAUCGGAGGCGGCAUUGAUGUGCCUGUGCCCCGGCAUUCUGUGGGGGUGGUCAUCGGCCGGAGCGGGGAGAUGAUCAAGAAGAUCCAGAAUGAUGCGGGCGUGAGAAUCCAAUUCAAGCAAGAUGACGGCACGGGCCCUGAGAAGAUCGCGCACAUCAUGGGGCCCCCAGACCGGUGCGAGCACGCUGCCAGGAUCAUCAAUGAUCUGCUGCAGAGCCUCCGGAGUGGCCCUCCAGGCCCUCCAGGGGGUCCUGGCAUGCCCCCCGGGGGCCGGGGCAGAGGGCGAGGCCAAGGCAACUGGGGGCCCCCUGGCGGGGAGAUGACCUUCUCCAUCCCCACCCACAAGUGCGGGCUGGUCAUCGGCAGGGGCGGUGAGAACGUGAAAGCCAUAAACCAGCAGACAGGGGCCUUCGUGGAGAUCUCCCGGCAGCUCCCCCCCAAUGGGGACCCCAACUUCAAGCUCUUCAUCAUUCGGGGCUCACCCCAGCAGAUCGACCACGCCAAGCAGCUCAUCGAGGAGAAGAUCGAGGGUCCGCUCUGCCCUGUUGGACCAGGCCCAGGGGGCCCAGGCCCUGCUGGCCCCAUGGGCCCCUUCAACCCUGGGCCCUUCAACCAGGGGCCGCCGGGAGCCCCUCCUCACGCUGGGGGCCCCCCCCCUCACCAGUACCCACCCCAGGGCUGGGGUAACACCUACCCCCAGUGGCAGCCACCUGCUCCUCAUGACCCAAAUAAAGCCGCCGCCGCGGCUGCCGACCCCAAUGCCGCCUGGGCCGCCUACUACUCGCACUACUACCAGCAGCCCCCCGGCCCCGUGCCCGGCCCUGCGCCCGCACCCGCGGCCCCCCCGGCCCAGGGCGAGCCCCCGCAGCCCCCACCCGCCGGCCAGUCGGACUACACGAAGGCCUGGGAAGAGUAUUACAAGAAGAUUGGCCAGCAGCCCCAGCAGCCCGGAGCGCCCCCGCAGCAGGACUACACCAAGGCCUGGGAGGAGUACUACAAGAAGCAGGCGCAAGUGGCCACUGGCGGGGGUCCUGGAGCCCCCCCAGGCUCCCAGCCGGACUACAGCGCCGCCUGGGCUGAGUACUACCGGCAGCAGGCGGCCUACUAUGGACAGACCCCUGGGCCUGGCGGCCCUCAGCCCCCGCCCACGCCGCAGGGCCAGCAGCAGGCAAGUGGGAACUGCCACCCCCCACCUCCCCCCUUCUCCUUCCAGCCCCCGGCGACCGUCCAUCCUGCCUUAGUGGGCAGCGCCGGCAACCCCUUCCCCUGCGGGGUGUGCCCUUGAUGCCUGCCGCCGCCGCCGCGGGAGCACCCUGGAGCCGGGGAAGCGCGCUGGGUGUAGAGGUGGACGGAAGAGGCCUCGGGGGCGCGGCCCGCUCGCUGGACGCACGGUGUCUGUGGACUGACGCGGCCGGAUGCCAAGAUGGAACUCCUGGACUGGCUGGUGGGCAGUGCCUGGGUGGCGGCCGCUGCUGCCCGUCGCUGGCCUGGCCCUGGCCGCUCACACACUCAGAAUCUGGCCACGCAGGAAGGAGAAAACGUCUCGGCCCCGCCCCGCCCCCACAUCACUUUCUCUUGGGUUUUGUUCUUUUGGUUCCCUUUCUUUUGAAGCCGCUAUCGUUCCCGUGUCCGAGUGACGGGCGUGGGCCGGCCGCUGUGGCUCAGCCUGGGCUCUGGUGAGGCCGCAGGGGGGUGGCGGGGGGCUGGUCUCUGCACACCCCCCAGCCCACCCAUCUGCCGCCGUGUCCCACUGGCUCGCUCGCGUCUGUGAAGUGGGCGUGACGGUCGUGCCGCCUUCCAACCUACCUCACAGGGAUGUUGUGGGGACACCGUGACUGGCUGUGGGUGCCGAUGCGCCGGGAGCCGCCCCAGACUGAGGGCACCCCUCUCCCCUCCAGCCCUGAGCGCUGCUCACUCGCUCUCUUCCGCGCUCUCCUUCCUGCGGCCCCUGCUUCCUCCUCUCCACCUCCUCCCCCAUCCUCUCCUCCUCCUCUUCUCCUCCUCCUCCUCCAUCUGUCCAGGAGCCAGCCUGCCUCCGCCCGAGUCCCAGGGAGCACUUGAGCACUCUGCUGGCGGCCCCCGGCCGGCCGCAGCCCGGUGACCGACUCCUGUCUCUCCCCUCUCCGCAGGCUCAAUGAAACGAAUGAAUGUGAACUUCUUCAUCUGUGAAAAUCUUUGAUUUUUUCUUUUUUUUUUUUUUUAGUUCUGUUUGGGGGCUUGGGGGGGAGUUGCUCCCCCUUGGUGGUUCCCUCCGUGGGUUUGGCGCCACAGCCAGUGCAGGGCUGCACAGGCCCGGGCUCUCGCCUGCUCCUUCUGUGUGUCUCACAUGCUUCUUUCUUUCACAAUUGGGAUCCUUCAUGUUGAGCCAGCCAUAGAAGAGAGCGAGAACUCUAAUCUCUGCCAAAAAAAAAAAAAAAGAAAUUUUAAAAAAAGCAAAGUGAAACUUAUAAAUUUAUAUAUAUAUAUAAAUAUAUAUAUCUAUACCUCCCCGCCCUCCCUUCCCAAAACUGCCUCUCUCUGGGGAAAGCAAUUCGCAAUUCUUCAUUUUCUCCCCACCAACCCGGCCCUCUUCGUGUUUUUAAAAUAAACUUUUGCAAAGGAAAAAAAAAGUCACUCUUGAUAUUUCUUCCUUUUUUUUCCUUUUCCCUUCUUUUUCUUUUUUUUAGUUAGAAUUGGAACAUUCCUUGGAGCAGGUGUGUUGAUAAUUGCAGGAUUCCCCCCUCAUCGCCCAGCUCUCUGCUCCCCUCUUCUCCUCCCACCCCACCCCUGCCCCGCUUUCCCCCUCUCCCCCUCCUCUCCACUCCCAGGACCGGUCUGUCAUGGCUCAUCUGUUCAAGAGGACAUUGAACAACAAACUGAGAACAAAACAAAAAACUUGUAUGGCAGUUUUUACUUUUUAUCGCUCGUUUUUAACUUCACAAAUAAAUGGUGACAAAACCUC